CGGAGGGGGGGCAAGAUGGCGGCGGUGCUGGAGGUGGAGGUUGGAGGCCCCGCGGAGCGCGAUGUGGAGGAGGUGGAUCUGUCCCACUUGUCCCCAGAGGAGCGGUGGAGGGUGGAGCAUGCCCGGAUGCACGCCAAGCACCGCGGGCACGAGGCCAUGCACGCCGAGAUGGUGCUGAUCCUCAUUGCCACGCUGGUGGUGGCACAGCUGCUGCUGGUGCAGUGGAAGCAGAGGCACCCUCGCUCCUACAAUAUGGUGACCCUCUUCCAGAUGUGGGUGGUUCCUCUGUACUUCACCAUCAAGCUCAACUGGUGGCGGUUCCUGCUCAUCUGGGUGCUCUUCUCAGCGGUCACAGCCUUUGUCACCUUCAGGGCAACACGGAAGCCUCUGGUGCAGACAACACCCAGGCUGGUUUAUAAAUGGUUUCUACUGAUAUACAAGAUCAGCUAUGCCACCGGCAUCGUGGGCUACAUGGCUGUGAUGUUCACCCUCUUUGGGCUUAACUUAUUGUUCAGAAUCAAGCCAGAAGAUGCCAUGGACUUCGGGAUCUCCCUCCUCUUCUAUGGCCUCUACUAUGGGGUGUUGGAGCGGGACUUCGCCGAGAUGUGUGCGGACUACAUGGCCUCCACCAUCGGGUUCUACAGUGCCUCGGGGAUGCCAACCAAGCACCUCUCGGACAGUGUCUGUGCCGUGUGUGGGCAGCGGAUCCUGGUGGAUGUCAACGAGGAGGGAAUCCUGGAGAACACCUACCGGCUGUCCUGCAACCACGUCUUCCAUGAGUUCUGCAUCCGCGGCUGGUGCAUCGUGGGGAAGAAGCAGACGUGUCCAUACUGCAAAGAGAAGGUGGAUCUCAAGAGGAUGUUCAGUAACCCCUGGGAGCGGCCCCAUGUCAUGUAUGGGCAGCUGCUGGACUGGCUGCGGUACCUGGUGGCCUGGCAGCCGGUCAUCAUCGGCCUGGUGCAGGGCAUCAACUACAUCCUGGGGCUGGAGUAGGGUGAUGGAGCCGUGCGGCGCCCGAGCCUCGGACUGGAGCCUGAGCCUCACACCGGUGCCCCAGCCUCGGACCGAUGCCUCAGCCUCACACCGGAGCCUGCACCUCGGACUGGUGCCCAUCACUUUUAAAGGAUCCUUUACCCACCAUUCCAAGGUUUCUAUUGCAGCCGUGGGAGCCGCACUCGGCCCUGCCCGGAAGCAGCCCCACAGCGGCCAGGACAGGAUAUGGGGCCGUGGGGCUGCGGAGGAGCCAGGGGACAUGGGGAGCUCCCAGCCGUGGGUCCCAGAGGAGCCGAACCCAGGGGCCCUUUUCUGGCUCCCACUUUUGUACGUUCAUGCCAGGCCCCAGCCUGGGCACGGAGCUGGGGCCGGAGCUGCUGCUCACCGGGUAUGGACCUGGCCCUGACCCUGAGCCUGCGGUGAUGGACCCGUUGGAUGCGGCACAGGUGGGAGCCGCGCUCCCUGCACCACAGCCUCCUUGAGCCCAGGUAUGGACCUGGGACUGGUACAUGGGGCACCCGUGGUGUCCCCGAGGGCACCGGCUUGGGGGGACACCGUGGUUCUGCACACACCGUGGUUGGGGACACGCUGUGGUUCUGGACACACCAUGGUUGAGGACACACCAUGCGGCACCACUCUGGAUGCAGACAGGGGCCUCGCACCGGGGCCUUGGGCUCUGGUUUGGGUGAAGCUGCGUC